GGUACCACACCAUGCCGUACGCGAGUAGCCCAGUAGACAACAGUAAUAUGAGAGUACAAUGACUAAGCAUGACGUCGACGCCUCGUUGGAUCAAAUGAUUCAUCAUUUUGGUGCGGCUUAAAACCCAUUUCACCGCUAACCAAAUGAGUACUGCCUAGCGUGACUAAUCCCUGAGCUUCCAUCUAUAUACGUCGAUCCCUUGCAAUAAUAAACAAUUCCACCUCCACCCACAAUCCCACAAAUCCCACACAAUCAUCGAUUCAAUUCAAUUUGCAAGGUUUCUACUUCUACCAUCUUGCUUAUUUCUUCAAUUGCAAUUGUGCUUGGUAUUUCAAGCUUUUUAAGAUCAAUCAAUCCAUCAGUUGCAUUCCAAAGGAUUCUUUUGAUUGCUCUUCAGCACUCGAUAUAUUCUCGAAAGUUCUCGAGCUUUUUGUAUUCUUCGAUUUUUUGCGACGCGUCUUUUGAAGCAUCUCAUACAAAGAUUCAGCAAUACAUAGCACCUUGCCCUUACGACAAACAAGCAAUCCAUCCAUACCAGAUACCCGGACCAACAAUGGCUGGCCGCAAAACUAAAGCUGCAGCUGCAGUCACAUCUCCCGCCAAUGUCGGUGUAAAACGAACCACGGCGUCUCGUACUUCUGUUCCUGCACCAGCAAAACCAUCAAAAGUAACUAAGAAGCCAGCUAAGAAGGUUGCCACUACCAAAGCUGCUGCCGCUAAGGUUGCAAAGGCUGCUGCUAAACCCGCCCCCAAGAAGACCGCCAAGAAGCCAGUUCCUAAAAAAUCAAAGGUCACGUCUAAGCCAGCUUCAGAGGAGGAUGCCGAGAUGGAGAACGAGGAAGAUGUCGAGACUGCUGGAAGUGACAAAGAGGAAACACCAGCACCACCAAAACCUGUUGUCAGCAGAAAAAGAAGUCGAACUCAAGAAUCGGAAUCCUUGCCCGUUGCAAAGAAGCUUAAGAUCGGCGCUAGCAUCAACAUCCCACCUACUGAACGACUCGAUGUUUAUGUUUUUGGCAGUGGAGAAAACAACGAGUUGGGUUUGGGUGCAAAUAAGAUCAAUGGCAAAGCACCCACAAAUGUCAUGCGACCACGUUACAAUCCCCUUCUCAAGGGCGUUACCCAAGUUGCUGUCGGCGGUAUGCACUGCGUUGCGUUGACUGAUGACCAAAGAAUCUUGACAUGGGGAGUGUCAGAUGGAGGAUCUUUGGGUCGUGAUACUAGCUCAUACGAAGCACCGGCCAAAGAUGUAGAUGCAGACUCUGAUUCUGAGGAUGAGGAAGAUAUCGUUCUCAACCCACUUGAAAGCACUCCAACGGCCAUCUCCACUGAGUUUCUCGAUGGAAGAAAGGUCGCCCAGGUAAUUGCCUGUGACUCCUCUAGCUUCGUGCUCACUGAAGACGGCUAUGUAUACGGUUGGGGUUCGUUUGUUGGAAAUGAUGGUAUCAUCGGUUUUACUGCUGAAGGCGCGUCAAUGGCGGCCAAAGAACGUGACGGUGAUCUCAAGAAGAAGUUCCAGAUUCAGGCAGAGCCCAUGCUUAUUCCCGGAUUAAAGAACAUCAAGUCAUUGGCUCGUGGAAGCAACCAUGUCAUGGCUCUCGAUAACAAGGGAACGGUUUUCACCUGGGGAGCUUGCGAGCAAAACCAGCUCGGUAGACGAGUCAAUAACCGUUUUAAAUUCGCUGCACUUACUCCAACGCCAAUUUUAAAGAAGUGCAAGUCAAUUGCUGGAGGUUCCUUUCAUUCCUUUGCCAUUAACACCAAAGGCCAAGUCCUCUCGUGGGGUUUAAACAAUUAUGGCCAGACCGGUAUUGCCUCAAACGCCGGUGGUGAUGAUGCGUUCAUCCAUAAUCCAACUGUUGUUAAGGGAUUUGAGGGCUUUGAUGUCAAGCAAAUUAAAGGUUGUUUUCAGCACACAAUCGCCUGUACUGAGAAGCAGGAGGUUUUGGUUGUUGGGCGAUGUGACGAAGGUCAGACUGGCCUUGAUCUGACUAGUGUUGACCAAGAUACUGUCAUCGUUAGCCCCACCACCUCUAAGCCAGCUAUUCUCAAGGCUCUAACCGUUGUUCCUGGUGUCAAAGCCACUUUUGUAGCUGGUGCAAUCGAUAACAGCAUUGUUCUGACAGAAGAUGGCAAAGUAUGGGCGUGGGGAUAUGGUGAGAACUACAGGAUUGGUCUAGGCAGUGAUGAUACUGUCCGGACACCCACUCUCAUUGAGAACUCUGCCAUCAAGGGUAAGAAGAUUACCUUUGCUGGUUGCGGAGGCCAAUUUAGUGUCAUUGCUGGACCUGAGGUCACAAUGAGCAGCGACAACUAGGCCAAGAAGCGCGUGGAGACGGGACGAGUGAAGGAUUAUUUUCUGUAUUACGAUAACGAUUUAUGUUUGUGAACGAAUGAAUACCAUGCUGCGUUGCGUUUUUGGCUUCUAAGGGACAACAGUUCUGAAUCCUUCUACGCCAUAACCAAUCCAGCUCGAACUCAGUCUUCCAACGUAUAUUGGACAUCGAAAAUGCACCUACUUUGAUUCUGAGGGACUGCCCUUGAUGGGUCUCUGGUUUUCACCCAGGACUUUGAUCCGGAUUCAUCAAGGCAUGCUUCCUCAUUACUAAAGUAGGUGUAUUUAGAUAUCAAAUAUAGAACGGAAGGGUGAUAAUAGAGAGGGUUGGUAGUGUGUAGAAGGAGAAUGGCUGUUGGUCGCCUAUUUAAUAGAGAUUUGGAUGGCGUUUUUUUCUUUUCAUUGGUGUUAGUAGAUUCUUUGAGAAAGCAUUGCAUAUAACAGGAUAGAUGCAUUGGGUGGUUAGAUGGGCGUUCUUAAUAAAAGUAAUUGGUCUAAAUUCAGACUAGAUAGAUACGACGUUCAUUGUAGGAUUACAACUGCAUAGUGUAUACCUGUGCAUAAUAAAGAAAGGAUUAAUAAAAGUAUCA